AUGACGAAGCUAAGAGUGCAAGUUUUAGUAUAUGUCAACAUCAAUAGACUGGCGUACGACUUGACAAUAGUCGGUGGCGGCAUCAUAGGCUGUGCAACUGCCCGAGAGAUGAAAUGUCGCCAUCCAGAACUGCAAAUAGCAAUCGUGGAAAAAGAAGACGGAAUCGCAAAGCAUCAGACGUCGCACAAUUCAGGUGUCAUAUUCACUGGCCUCUUCUACAAAUCAGAUUGCGUCAAAGCGAAGAUGUGUUCCGAUAGCAUGAAGCAGGUGUACGAGUACCUGUGCAAAAACGACAUACCGCACAAAAAGAGCGGCAAACUCGUGGUCGCUCAAACCGAUGACGACAUUUGCGAGUUGAACGAGCUCUACGAGAGUGGCCUGGAAAACAAGUGCCCCGACAUCCAGCUGGUCGAGCGGGAGUGCAUCGCGAAUUUCGAGCCGAAAUGCAAGGGUAAAAAGGCUCUCUGGUGCCCGUGGACGGGCAACGUCGAUUGGUCGACCGUCUGCCACCGUUUUGCGCGAGAUUUCAAGGAGAUGGGCGGCGUCAUUCACGAGAACUUCAAAGUGGCCGGUUUUGCCGAGGCGAUCGAGAGCAAAGGCACUCGGGAGCUGCAUCCACUUUGCGUACAUUCGAAAAAUCAGUACAUGCACACCAAGUACGUGUUGACGUGCGCUGGACUCUUCUCGGAUCAACUGGCCAGGAUGAGCGACUGCCCGCCCUACCCAAAAGUGAUACCGAUGCGCAGCGAGUACCUCAAGCUCAGAGAGAGCCGACAGUGUCUCGUGCAAACGAACCUCUACUCCUUGUCCAAAACGACCAAGUACCCGUUCUGGAGUCUGCACUUCAAUCAGGGAGUCAACGGCGAGGUCUUCCUGGGUCCGAACGCGGUUUUCGCCAUGUCGAGGGAAGGCUACGCGUGGCGAGACGUCGACCUGCAACACUGCUCCAGUCUCGUGGCCUGUCCCGGUUAUCACAGAUUCUGGACGAAGAAUUUCGUCGUCGGCGUCAAUCAGUUCGCGAGAUCGCUCGUGCCCCGCCUGAGCGUGAACGAGGCCAAACGAUACAUACCUGCAUUGACGCCGGACGACGUGGCCAGAGGCCCGACCGGUGUCUCGGCCAUCGUGGUCGAUCGAGACGGCUACGCCCUCGACGAUUUCGUCUUUGACAAUGGCCCAGGCCGCAUCGGUCAAAGAAUACUGCACCUUCGUAACGUGCCGUCGCCCGGCGCCAGCGGUUGUAUGGCGAUUGCCAAGUUUCUUGCCGAUAAAAUGGAAAAAGAAUUUAAAUUCUAA